AUGACGAAGAAACACACGUUGGUAUUGACAUUAAGAAGACAUCCAAGUCGCCCUUGGGGAAUCCGAAUUGCCGGGGGCGCAGAUUUAGGCACUCCGAUCGUCGUCACCCGUUCUGAGAACGAUGAGCUCCGGAAGGGUGACGUGAUCAAGAAAAUAGACGAUUACGAUUCUCGUGAUGUGAGGCAUGUGGACGCCCAGAAUAUUCUCCAAAAUUCAGAGUCUGUAAGACUAGUCGUGGAAAGGUCCGAGCCGUUGUCAAAUCUGGCAUACAAUCGAUACACUUCACAGUCAUCGAUUGUCGAGUCAAUCCACUCUCACGACGAGGCUGCGUUCGUUAGUCUGCCUCAAGAAUCGCAGCCAAAAGUUCUACCGAAAAGUCCAGUUCCUCCGGCUGUGUAUUCGCCUCCUCGCGAAUACAAGACUUAUUCACCGGAUCACUUCGAGCCUCCUCGAGAACACAUCGAGGAAGUUCGUGAAGAAAGAUACUACUUGUCUCAGCCGUACCGCACAACUCCUCUGGUCUUGCCAGGUGCCAAGAUCAAGAAAGAUGCUCCAUUAGGUGAAUGUUACCUUCGCCAUCAUCCAAAUCCAAUGAUAAGGGCCGCUCCUCAUCAUUACGAGGUUGCUCAUCCCGAGGUGGCGAUGAAACAAAAGGUGGCGGAAUCAGUUAUGCAGCGUGUCUUAGGACCGAAUGAAUUACCAAAGGUUGUCCACAAGCAAUUCAAUUCACCGAUUGGACUGUACUCUGAACAAAAUAUCGCAGACACUAUUAAGUGUCAAACCACGGCCAUUCCUGCAAUGAAGCCGGCGGCCAAGUAUGAUCCAAGCAAAAGCGAAGCCUACAAAGCACUUCAAGAAGAAGAAAUGGGCGACCAUGUACAUGAAGUCACUCAGCCAGCACGUGCUGGUGUUUUUGCACCCCAAAAAGCUCAUCAUCACAGAGCCAGCGGUUACGAAGAUGAUGAAAAAAUUCACCAAAGCAACAGUUUCAAGAGGAUUAUGUACAGUGUGCUUGGAACAACGGAUUAUUGA